AUGGCGCGGCUGAAUGGAACUAAACUUGGCGCGUUUCGUGCCUACUUCUUUGGCUUCUUCGUCUGCACGGCCGGCUUCUUGUUUGGCUAUGACACUGGAAUUGUUGGCGGCAUUCUGACCUUCAAGUCCUACGAAAUUGACUUUGGAUACACCGACAAAACGACCGUGAGCGCAGUCAUGGUCAGUUUGCAGAACGUCGGCGCGUUCUUGUCUGCCUUAUGUGUGUUUCCCCUCUCGGAGCGCUUCGGGCGCAAGAAGACCAUCCAGACCGCGAUGUCGGUCUUCUGCCUAGGCGUCAUCCUGCAGGUCGUCCCCUCGCACUCCCUGGUCUGCUUUUAUAUCGGCCGUUUUGUAUCCGGCCUAGGUCUGGGCGCGGGUACGGCCGUCGUGCCGACGUACAAUGCGGAGAUGGCGCCCAAGGAGAUUCGGGGCAUGCUGGGCUCAGGCGUGCAGUGGCUCUUCGCAUUGGGAGUCAUGAUUAGUUAUUGGAUCGACUAUGCGGUCGAGCAGACCUUGCCUGUGUCGUCCAAGCAGUGGCAGAUCCCGGUCGGCUUGCAGUUGGUGCCGGCAUCGGUCCUAGCCCUAGGGCUGUUCACUCAGCCGGAGAGUGUUCGGUGGUUGGCUAAGAAGGAGCGCUAUGAGGAAGCAUGGAAAAGCCUGGCAUGGAUGCGUGCCAGUGAAGGCCCCGAGGUCCGCGCCGAAUUCAAUGAAAUCAAGGUCGGCCUGGCCGAGGAGUUGCGGGCCACGGAUGGCGUGAAGAAGCGCGAACUUCUUGAGCCCGCCAACCGGUAUCGCCUCUUGCUCGGCAUUUUUAUCUUCUGUGGCCAGCAGUGCACGGGUAUGACGGCGCUGGCAUACUUUGGACCGCAAUUCUUCAAGCUGCUAGUCGGCAAUGAUAGCAGCCGCUCGCUGCUCAUCACUGGUUUAUUUGGUGCCGAGAAGUUCGUCACCGUCGGCAUCUAUAUCCUGUUCUUCUCUGAGAAAUGGGGUCGCAAGCCAACCCUCUGGAUCUCCGCCCUGCUGAUGGCGGUCUGCUUCGUUAUCGUCACGGUCGUCAACAACACCACCCCCAAGCCGCAGCAAGAAGUGACAUCGUCGGGUAUUGCAACCGUUGCCAUGAUCUUCCUCACCAACUCCAUAUAUCAGUUUAGCUGGGGCCCGUUGCCGUGGCCAUAUACAACGGAGAUCUUCCCAACCCGUAUCCGCGAGAUUGGGUCCUCCGUCUCGGUCUCAACCCAAUGGCUCUUCAACUUCCUCUUCUCCCUAGUAACUCCUUACAUGCAGAGCGCGUGGGGCAGUUACACGUUCCUAUUCUAUGCUGCACUAGACGUCAUCAUGGCGAUCUUGGUCUGGUUCUUCGUCAAAGAGACUAAAGGCAAGAGUCUGGAGGAGAUGGAGACCAUCUUUAACAGCAAAGCUGCGUUUGAUGUUGAGAUUGCGAGGCACGAUGGUGAAGAGGUGCUCGAUAAUGUAUCGGCGUUGGAGGUGCACAAUAAGGAUGCCGACUCCUCCGACAAGAUCGACAAAGUCGAUCAGGACCGGACCUGA